AUACAAGCUUUAUUUUUCCAUAUCGAACCAAACACAAACAAGGGUGGCGAAUACCGUCAAGUGUAUAUUUGUUAUUUAUCCGACACUGCUUUCAAUUUUCAUUGCCUUCGCUAUUGCUAACGAGUAAUGCCAAAUCGAAUCCGCACUAAGCUUUAUACUAUAAAGUAUAAAUAUAAAUAUUACCCAUAACAGAAAACGGUUACGGAGAGAGAGACUCACUUUCUCUCAUUUUUUGCUUUUUCCGCCGCCUGAUUCUUCUUCCUCCGCCGCAGAUGACCACCGCGAAGGCUCUGCGACAGCCCUGCUACGCCGGAAUCUUUCGCAACAUCGAAUGCGGCCCGUCGCCGGCGGCGGAGUCGCUAGGGUUUCCGAAGCUCCGCGGAAUCAACGUCACUGGAUUGCACUGCGGCCGCCGAGGCCUCGUCCUCGUCCUCCGUGCAAAAUCAAAGCCGAUUAGGGCGAAGGAGAACGCAAGCGUAAGUGCUUCUCUGAUCGAUGACUGGUUCAAGCCAAUUACGGCGAAGGAGGAUUCUAACGCAGAGGACCGUACAUCUUCGUUUUCUGGUAAAAAUCUCACCCAGAUGUCAAAUGUUGGGAACUCGACAAACAUUAUGUGGCAUGACUGUCCAAUUCAGAAACAAGAUAGACAGCAGCUGCUUCAGCAACAAGGCUGUGUUAUAUGGCUAACUGGCCUCAGCGGAUCAGGAAAAAGCACUAUUGCAUGUGCUCUGAGUCAAAGCUUGCACUCCAAAGGAAAACUGUCUUACAUCCUUGAUGGUGACAAUAUUCGGCAUGGUCUAAACCAGGAUCUUAGUUUUAGAGCAGAAGAUCGUUCUGAAAACAUUAGAAGGAUUGGUGAGGUGGCAAAACUCUUUGCAGAUGCUGGUGUUAUUUGCAUCACUAGUUUAAUAUCACCAUACCAAAAGGAUAGAGAUGCAUGCAGAGCACUACUUUCAAAAGGAGAUUUUAUUGAGGUUUUCAUAGAUGUUCCACUACAUGUGUGUGAAGCUAGGGACCCAAAGGGACUCUACAAGCUUGCUCGAGCUGGAAAGAUCAAAGGUUUCACUGGUAUAGAUGAUCCAUAUGAACCACCGUGUAGUUGUGAGAUAGUAUUACAACAGAAAGGAAGUGACUGUAAGUCUCCCAGUGAUAUGGCUGAAGAAGUGAUAUCCUACUUGGAGGAGAACGGAUACCUGCGGGCUUGACUUCAUUUUUAAAGCCUUUCUUUGUUAAUUGCUUUAAAGGGCCCUUUCUUGUAACCUGUAGUUAUGUUGUGUGAAAUGUAAUUUUUGGCACAUAAAAACUUGCUCCCUCCAUAUUUAUCAUUCUUUACGUGACACAGUCGAGUUUUUCAAUUAAAAAAAAAAAGAUAGCACUCGAUAAUAUGUCAUGUAGAGAUUAGCUGGGACCAUGGUAGUCCCAAAUCAUGUAAUAAUUUCUCCCUUCCAGCAGUAAGGAAAUCAUCGUUUCCUGUGCAUCUGCUUUAGUCCAAAAUAAGAAAAAGGUAGAGCCUUGAAGAAGGACUAAGAAGUUAGCGCAGCUUGGUACAGCACCUAGGAAGAAAGUAUUACUAUUAGUGAAUCAAGAUGUUGGGCAAAGCCCUGUGUUCAUGGAUCA